UGCUUUGCAAUUCAGAUAGCUUCAAGGCAUCCAUCAUUCGUUCAUCUUCCAUCGUCGAUUGCCGAUCCCUGAUCGCCGAUCAGCCUUCCGUUUCGUUUUAACCAAUAAGAAAUUGACGGUUACCUGAAAGAACGGUAUCUUCAAGCGAAGAAAAGCGUUUAUUGCUGAUUGCUCUUCUCUGCAAGGCAAUCUGCAUUUCCUCAGGGGACAGCGAUCGCAGGGUGAGGAAGCUGAUAGAAAUCAACUAGAAAUAUCAUAAAAUGGAUGAAGUUGGAAAACAGUCAGAGGAUGUACAGAUUAAUGAGGGCACUUGUACUUCUGUGAGUAAUGAACAGAGACAUGAAGCAUCGUCGUUGCUGAAUGGAGACUUCCAGAUAGUCGAUGAGCCUACAAAUAUUGAGGAGAAACUUGAGCUUGCUGAGAAAAGAAUAGAAAGCCUCGAAAAGGAAUUGGACCAGGCAAAGAAAAGUACAGUACUGCAUGAAAAGGAGAAAGAAAUGGCUGCCAUGGUGGAUGAAAAGUUAAGUAAAGCUGAAAAUGAAAUAGUAGGUUUUCAGGCAGAGCGAGAAAGAUUGAAGGCUCUUGAACUAGAAAUUGCAAGACUCGCCAUUGAGCUCAAUGGUUCAGAGUCUAAGGUUACACAUCUCAAGGAUGAUUUAGGAUUAAUAGAGGAAAAGCUAGAAGAAGCAAACAGAAAUUCAGUCAUACUAAAAGAAAAGGAAGAAGUAUUGAAAGAACAGCUUGCUGCUGCAGAAUUGAAGGCAAAAGAAACAGAAGAAAAAUUCACCUUGCAAGCUGAAUUUCUUCAAGAAGAGAUGGAAUCUAGGGCACAAAAGGAGGAUGAGUUGAACAGUGCAAGGGCUGCAAUUCAUAGAUAUGAUGCAGAGUUAGCACAGUCGACAGAGAAGAUAGCGAGUCUAGAGAGCCAGUUGAAAUCGUCGAUGGAUAAGACUGAAGAAUGUGAAGAGCUGAUCCGGCAGCAUGAACUGCAUGCUUCAAAGGCUUUAGAAAAGGCUAUGGAAUUUGAGAACCUAUCCGCAUUAUCUGAGUCCAGGGCUAAGGAAAAGGAAGAGCUUUUGGCUUCUCUGCACAAUGAGAUCCAGGAUCUUCGUGAAGAACUUCAUUUGAAAGAACAAAUAGAAGAUGAUCUUAAGGAAACAGAAUCAAAAUUAACAGCGGUUCAGAACGAACUGAGAGAUUCCCAAGAGCAAGCUUUAGAAUUGAAGGAAAAACUGACAUCUGCAGAAGGUACUAUAGAAGAAUUUAUGAACAGCCUGAGUGUUCAUCAAGUAGCAGAAGUUAAAAUGAAGGAAGAUAUUUCAGCUCUGGAGAAAUUGUGUGCAAGCUCUGAAGAAAACCUUGAACUUAAAAUGGUUGAAAUUAAUGAACUGAAUAAUAAGCUGCAAGAAGUAAUAGAAGCUAACUAUUUGCUCGAGGAUAAUCUGAAGCGGGAAGAGCUUAAGUCAUCUGAUUAUCUAGAGGAUUUGGAGAGCACAAGAGUGAGAUAUCAAGAUCUUGAAGCUACUGUUGCUCAACUUAACGGGAAGAUAUCCGAACUUGAGGAAUCCUGUGUCAAUUUCCAGAACCAGGUCAAGGUUUCUGAAGAUAAGAUCAGUACUUUGGAAGCUUCAUUUGAUCAAUCUUCGACAAGGAAUGCAGAGAUGGAGCAAAAGUUGAAGUCCUUCGAAGAAGCCCUUUCAGAACAUGAAGCACAUGCAAGUAACUCCAGGCAAAGAAGUGUCGAGCUCGAAGAUUUAAUUGCUGUUUUUCGUGAUAAGGCAGAGGAUAAUGCAAAGAAGGUGACAGAAUUGGAGUCAUUAUUGGAGACUGCUACAGAAGCGAAAUGUGAACUUGAAAAACAGCUGGCGUCGGCAGAAAAAAGACUCACGGAGACUGAAAUUGAAGCAAGACAGUCUUCUGAAAAAUUGAAGGAAGAUAUUUCAGCUCUGGAGGAACUUUGUUCAAGUUCUGAAGAAAACCUUAAACUCAAAAUGGUUGAAAUUGAUGAAUUGAAUAAUAAGCUACAAGAAGCACUGGAAGCCAACCAUUCGCUUGAGGAUAACUUGAAACAGGAAGAGCUUAAGUCAUCAGAUUUUCUAGCGGAUUUGGAGAGAGCAAGAGUGAAAUGUGGAGACCUUGAAUCUACAGUUGCCCAACUUAAUGAGAAAAUAUCUGAGCUUGAGGAAUCCUGUGUCAAUUUCCAGAAUCAGGUCAAGGUUUCUGAAGAUAAGGUCAGUAGUUCUGAAGCUUCACUUGAUCAAUCUUCAGAAAGGAAUGCAGAGAUGGAGCAGAAGUUGAAGUCCCUCGAAGAAGUCCUUUCAGAACAUGAAGCACAUGCAAGUAACUCCAGGCAAAGAAGUGUCGAGCUCGAAGAUUUAAUCGCUGUUUUUCGUGAUAAGGCAGAGGAUAAUGCAAAGAAGGUCACAGAAUUGGAGCAAUUAUUGGAGAAUGCUACGCAAGAGAAAUGUGAUCUUGAAAAACGGCUAGAGUUGGCAGAAACAAGAUUCACGGAGACUGAAACUGAAGCAAGACAGUCUUCUGAAAACUUGAAGGAAGAUAUUUCAGCUCUGGAGAAACUUUGUUCAAGUUCUGAAGAAAACCUUAAACUCAAAAUGGUUGAGCUGCAAGAAGUAAUAGAAGCCAACCAUUUGCUUGAGGAUAAUUUGAAACAGGAAGAGCUUAAGUCAUCAGAUUUUCUAGCGGAUUUGGAGAGCACAAGAGUGAAAUGUGUUGACCUUGAAUCUACAGUUACCCAACUUAAUGAGAAAAUAUCUGAGCUUGAGGAAUCCUGUGUCAAUUUCCAGAAUCAGGUCAAGGUUUCUGAAGAUAAGAUCAAUGCUUUGGAAGCUUCACUUGAUCAAUCUUCAGCACGAACUGCAGAGAUGGAGCAGAAGUUGAAGUCCCUCGAAGAAGUCCUCUCAGAACAUGAAGCACAUGCAAGUAACUCCAAGCAAAGAAGUGUCCAGCUCGAAGAUUUAAUUGCUGUUUCUCGCGAUAAGGCAGAGGAUAAUGCAAAGAAGGUGAUAGAAUUGGAGUCGUUAUUGGAGACUGCUAAGCAAGAGAAAUGUGAUCUUGAAAAACAGCUGGAGUUGGCAGAAACAAGGUUUGUGGAGACUGAAACUGAAGCAAAACAGUUCUCUGAGCAGGUAUCUGAAUUGAGGGGGAAGAUGGAGGACUCGUUGGCAAGGAUUGAGGAGCUUGGAGUUAUACAAGUGAAUUCAAGGGAGAAGGAACAAGCACUAGAGGAAAGCAUAAGAUUAGCAAACCAAGAAGUUGCCAGCAGGGAAGAUGUAAUAAAUGAAUUAACUGGAAAGCUAUUAGAGGCAGAGAGAAAAAUUGAGCUUUUGCAACUUAACUGCAAGGAAGCACAAGACAAAUUGGAAUCACUUGAAAUAGAUCUGAAGAGUGCUAUUGAAAGAGAAAGUGAACUUAAAGCUUUGGUGAAGGACGCUGAUGAACAGUUGGCACAGCAAACUGAAGUUUUUCAGCUGAGCUCUAAGGAAGCCCAAGAUAAAAUUGUUUCUUUUAAAUUAGAUCUAGAUAAUUAUAUUCUCAAGGAAGUUGAACUUCGGGAAAAGCUUGAAGUUACUUUAGAGAAGUUGAAAGAAGAAAAAAAUAUUGGGAAACAAGCAGUAGAUCGUUGUGAGGAGCUUGAACAAUCAUUACAGGAAUUCAAGGCAAAUGCAGAGCAACAGAUUCAUGAGCUUGGUGAACAGCUGAAUUUAGCAGAAUCAAGGUGUAGAGAGACUGAAAUCAGUGCCAACGAAUUUUCUGAGAAAGCAAAUGAACUAAAAGCAAAAUUUGAGGAUUCUUUGACAAGAGUUUUGGAGCUUGAGACUAUAUUCACAAAUUCAAGUCUAAGGGAAAAAGAACUGGAGGAAAGCUUAAGUGGAGCAAAAGAAAAUAUUGGCAGCCUUGAAGAUAUAUCAAAAAAGUCAACUGAAAGGCAUCUUGAGCUUGAGAACCUUGUAACAGUUCUGGAAAAUAAUCUUAGCGAUGCAGAGGCCAAAUUAUCUGCUCUUCAGGAAGAUCUGCAGAAUGCUCUUCUGAGAGAAACUGAGCUUCAGGCCAAGCUGAAGAAUGCUGAGGAACAAUUGACGGAUAAGGAGAAUGUCUCCAAAGAAUUAUCAGCUAAGUAUACAGAGAUGGAACAGCUUCUUCAAUCUCAAACCCUGGACAAAGAAACAAAGUUGCAAGAAGCAUAUGACAAGCAUAUGCAUGCAGAUACCCAAGUACAAAUCUUGAUUGAUAAAAUAAAUGCUCUUGAAGGUCAACUGAAAGAUUCUGAAGACCGAGUUACACAAGCAUCUGAAUCAGCAACAGUGAGCCAGUCAAAAUUGCAGGACUCUUCUGCUAUAUUAUUAGAAUUGGAAGCCACACAACAAGAGCUUACCAAACAACUCUUGGCUGCUGAAGAGAGGCUGCAACAGUCAAAAAUAGAAAGUGAAGUAUUGGCUGAAAAGAAUUCAAAGCUAAAUGAGGAGUUGAUUUGUCUCCAGAGCAAGGUGGAUGAGUUACAAACAGAUUAUCGUCAAGUUCAAAGUGAGAAUGAGCUACUUGCCGAGCAGAUUUCCUCUGUAAUGGAAGACAAUAAUGAGCUGAUAGAAAAGUAUUCAAGCAUGAAAACUGAAUUUGAUAACUUACUGUCUCAGAAAGAAAGUGAAUUUAAGAAAGCAACUGAAAGGGAGCUCACGUUUACUGCUGAUUUGGAUGAUCUUAAGGGUAAACUGAGCCAGUCUGCACUUUUACAAGUCCAAGUGGAGGAACUUGAGCAUAAGUUGCAUCUGGCUGAAUUAAAGUUGCAAGAGGAGAGUGAAAGUGCACUGCGAAAAUCAGAAGAAAGCAAGGAAAUUUACAUGUGCGAAAUAGAGAAUCUCAAGGACAAAUUAAGGCAGGCUGAACUUUUAGAAACACAAGUAGCUGAGCUUGACCAGAAGUUGCAAUUGGCUGAUUCCAAGGCGCAGGAGCAGAAUGAGAUUACAUUAAAACAAUCUGCCGAAAGAGAGGCUGCGUUCAAAGCAGAGUUUGAGAAUAUGCAGGGUAAACUGUGCCAAAUUCCAGCUUUACAAGCACAAGUAGCAGAGCUUGAAGACAAGUUGCGGCUAGCUGAUUUGCAGUUACAAGAACAGACUUCAAGUGGAUUGAAGCUAACAGAAGAAAGGGAAGCGACCCUUAAAGCUGAGAUAGAGGACCUCAGGGCUAAACUGAGUGCAUCUGAUAUGAACAGAAAACAACUAGCAGAUUUCGAACAGAAGUUGCAGGAGAAGGAAAGCAAAUUGCAAGAUCAGAUUGCGACUACAAAGAAAUAUUCUGAAAAAAUGAUUCAAGCAGCGAAAGAGAUACAAUCUUUGAAAGAUCGCCUUGCUAAGCCCUCUCAGAAAAAGGGCAUGGUUGAAAGUACAAGGGAUAUUGGCACCGACCUUUUGAUACAUGCCGAGAAGAAGGAUAGAACUAAAAGCAAAUCUGUAGUUCAGUCUGUUCCUGUUGCUUCAACUAGUACAAUUGGCAAAUCUACCGAGCCUUUCAACUUAAGCAUAAAGUUUGUAUUGGUAAUUGCGCUGAUCUCAGUGUUGUUUGGUUUGAUAAUUGGAAGGCGGUCUUAGAUUUUUUAUUGUGUAUGAUUGUGUUUAUCCAAGUUAUGUAAUAUACUGUAAAACUACAAUGUAGCCAGUGUUUUUGAGGCAGCAUUAGUGAGAAAAGUGCAUCAUAGGACAGGGAAAUAGGCUCUAUAUAGCAUUCAUUUUGUUAGAGAUUUUGGAGAUGUAGGAUUGGAUUGGGAGUUUUGAGGCUCACCACAAACUUGUAAUGUAUGCGAUGUUUCUGUAGGCAUAUAUGCCUGUCAAACGAUAAAUUAUGCGAAUAUGAAGUUAAAACUUAGAAUUUA